GCUGAGGAUCCUGCGCAAAGAUGAUCCUCACCAUCAUCACCACCGCCACCUUCAACGCCGGCCUGCACAUGCUUCUCCUCCGCUAGGAUGAACCUUUGUGGUCUCUCUACAUUCAGCAGUGGCUGAUGCAGCACGUGACGAGCGUGUAUCUCUCAUAAUAGCCUCCACUCAACAAAGGAUGCUCUUACAUUUUUAAUACCUUCAUGCCUGCUGGUCCAAACGUGAAGUAAUCGCCUCCACCGUGACGCGAUGCCGUCAAUGCCUCGUGUCUGCACCAGCCAUUGCUACCACCACCACCAGGCCGCGGCACCGAGUCUGUUUCAAGACUUCCAUGUGGGUAAUUUAUAUAUGGUGAGGACACAAAAAGUUUGAAUGAGCCAGACAGUGACCACUCUACUGCAUCAUGGAAACCAAAGCCAGUGAAGACAAAGCAAUAGGAUCCAAGCAGCAGGUGAAGGACCUACUGGCACACAUGGACCCCAUGAUAUACCUUGCAGGCACUGCUGACAAUACCUCAGAAAUGCUGAUGUACUUAGCAGACAUGGAUCCAUCCUUUCACAAGUUGCACCUGGUCAAAAGCUUAAGGAUGGGGAUGCGGGAAAGUCUGACCAGUACCAUUGAAGAACAUGUAGCUCAUUAUCUCCAGGAGCAAAAAGGAAAGAUGCAUUCUGAAAAUCCAGUUGAUUUCUUAGUGGAAAAAAUUCUUGAUGAUUCUAAGUAUGGAGACUUUGUCAGAAAUACCAAGUUGAGCCUUGAGAACUCCAUCCACAACAUUUCUGAAAAUUUUGAUGAUGAAAUUGUUACUGGAAUGUUUGGUAAUGAUGAUGAUGAUCCCACAUAUAGUGUUAGUCCAAAUGAGUCAAAUGAAUCCUCCCUAAAUUCCUCCCUCAAUCAGUCUGGGCUGAUGUUCCUGCACCCAGCUCAGUAUGACAAUAUAGCAGAAAGCCUGACAGGCAAGAGAGAUUAUGAGUCGCGAAAUGAUUCAUUAAAUAUCCUUAUCUCAGUAAGCCCUGGGGAACCAGUGAUGCAAGAUGGCUGGCCUGACAUUCGGAAGGGAUUAAGAGACUGCCUUUUUGAAGAAUGUGAUGAAAUAUUUGACAAGUCCUUGAAGGUUCAUUGCCGGCUGCUUACCUCCCAGGUCCACAAUGCUGUCAAGGAAGCAUAUUUGAACCUUCUAGAUGCUGUGGCAGGAUUUUAUUUCUUCAAGCAACAUGUUGCUAAAAUUCCUGUUCGAGGAGAAAAGAUUCAUUUGAAGACCUGUGAAAAUUUGAUAAGAAUCCUAAAAAUAUUAAUUGAAUUUCAAAAUGAGUUACCUCUCAUUUGGAUUAGAUAUCCUGAGAGAUAUGUUGAUGACAUGGUAGAGGCCACAAUAAGACUCUUGGGAUUGCAACCUCCAAGCCGGGAUCUGCAGCUGAUGACAGUGCUGGACAUGUACAGUGUGGUGGACCCUGAUGCCUCCUGGCUGAAAAGGUGGCUGCACGGCCAAUGGGGCAGGACUAAAACAUUUGCUGCCAUGAAGAGCAACUCAGUGGUGCUCCUGAACUCUGUGUCUCAUUGCAUCAAGUACUUGGAGAGUUGCAUUCCUAUCCCAUAUUCAGAAGCAAGUGAAGAUUUUCUAAGUGCAGGCUUUGUUGCAUACUUGCAGUUUAUCCACAGUAUCAAUCUUAUUUUGACUGUCUUGAGUUUUCUAGAUGGGAGGAAACUUUUCCCAGUUAAUGUUCCUUCUAAAGAUGAACUGGUGACUGUUCAGGGAAUACUCCAGACACUGGUUAAAGCAGUAAACAACAAUAUAUCUAAACUAUUAACUUCAAAAAUCUGUGAUAUGCUAUGCAGGUUUUGCUCUCAGGAUGAAGCAAGGUGUUCUGUUGUUUGUGAUGCUGGUAUUGUAGAAGCACUACUACAGGGAGUGAGCAGAUUUGAAGAAGGGCAAGCCAAACAGGAAGACUCAGAGAUAAGAGGUUCUUGCUCUUACAUCAGAGCUGUUUUGCUCCUGCUUGAUGCUAUUACUUCAACCCAUUUGGGUCAGAGGUACAUACUUUUAGGGAGGAAGAGAAAAGCAAGCUCAAAAUCUGGGUUGUCAGGAAUUUCAAGCAGUCUAGCCUGUGAGGUGCUGGACUUGAUCCUGCUCUUGAUGAAGAGCAAGCGUGCUGGCUCAGAUCUAAAGCAACUCAGCAUAAGUGUCUGCAGUAGCCUGCUUGCCUCCCCAAUUGGGAUUCAUGUGUGCAUUGAUCACCCUUUCAUAGAAGGUUUCCUUGGACACUUGAAGGCAAGAAGUCGAGCAGGAUCACAAGCAAGGUUUCCACAAGGUGAUGGCUGCAGAACCUAUGAGCCACUUGUCCUCAGUGUGCCCCAGUCACUCCCUCUGCUCACUACACUGCUACUGUCCUUUAGGGGAGUAUUCCUGCUGGAGGGAGAAGGGGUGCUGCCCCUUGCCCUAAGUCGGGUAAUGCCAGAGCUAGUGAGGAAGGGUGGCCUUACCCCAAGGAUCCUUGCACACAUCUGUUCAUCUCAGCAAGGUUGCUCUCUGCUGGGUAGCCUGAAUAUUGUUCGCCCACUGUGGGACAUCUUGAGCCAGGUGGUGAGGGGUGAGGAGCAGGCACAGGGCCGGCCACUCCUGCAAGAUGAGAGGGAGGAAGCCAUGGCGGAGGCAUUAGGCCCACUCCUGACACUCCUGGCCACAUUCCAAGGCACUCGUCUGGUCUUCAGCCGAGAGGGUCUGCAGGAGCCGCUCUAUGAGGCACUCUUCUCUCCUGGUGAGCUUCAAUCUGAACUUCACACCAUCACCCAGCAACUUCUGGUCUCUGCCACAGCUGUCCCAGAUGCUGUGGCAUUCCUCCAAGCUUCCCUGGGAUAUCAGGAACAGCUUCUUGCACAACAAAUGCAAAUGAGGAUUGGAGAAGGGGAAGCUAUAGCUGUAGAUGAGAACUCCAUCCUCCGCAACCACAUUCUGGUGAAGUCAUACUUGCUUGGUGGCAGUGGGGAGAGGUUGCUGCCACCACACACCUUGGACAGCAUCACUCCCUUCUGCACACCUGCACUCUUCAGUCAGUAUCCUCCCCCAAGAGAUUACAUUCCUGAGAAGCCCAUCCGCUCCAUGCACAAGAAGCAAAAUGAAGUGUGGCGCUUCCUGUCAGACACACGCCACGGCCUGCAUGAUGUGGGCUGGCUGAGUCACUGUCGCAAAGCUGUCUGUUCUGUCUUGAAAUCUGGAGAAGAAAUUAAGAGUUGGCUUGUCAUGGACCUCAUAGACCGGACAGUUCGUGCUCUCCUCUCAUGCCCUGAGGAACUUCUGCCUGGCUUCCAAGUCCCUCAGCCUCCCUCUCCAGGAGCUGCUCUUGGCCUUGCCUCUCCUACUGUUCCCUCUAAGGGAUGGAGCUUUUCCUCAGGGUCAUCUUCUUCACCUGUUGGGAAUGAAAGUCUUCAGAGCCUCUACAGGAGUAAAAGUUCUGACCUGCAAGAACUCCCAGAAUAUCAAUGUCUUGCUUCUGAGCUUGUCCUAAGGUAUGGAAGUGAACUGCAGCUCCUUAUUGCCAGUGGAAGUAUCAGAGAGAAUCUGAUGGAUGUACUCAAGUACACACAAACCAGUGUUCUUCGUGGCUUGUGUGACAAGUGUGACUGGUUCACGCUGGCACUCUUCCUGGUGUAUGGGGGCAGCUUUGACAGGUGUGUUGCUGCCCUCACCAGCCUGGGAGGGUUGGUGGCUGGGGCUGUGCUGUGGCCAGCCCUUGCAGACUCCCUCUCACACACCUACAAGAUACUGCCUGGAGAGAUGGUCCUUGCUGGCAUCAUUCAUAAUGUUCAGCUUAUUGUCAGCAUAGAAAUUCCAACAGUGUACAUGGCUUUAGAGGCCAAUGACAUGUGUCUGUGGAGUGUCCUUGGAGAGUGGGUGCGGUGUGUGUUCCUGGGUGUGCUGCCGUGGGCUGAGGUGUGCCACUACCUGGUAUUGGUGCUGCUGCUUGGCCCAGACUAUACCAUUUAUUUCCUGGUGGCACUGGUCAAGCACUUACAGGACACUAUUAUCAAGCAGGCCAGCAGCAACAAGGCACUGGUUCUUUUGCAGACAUGUGUGAUCAGUGGAUGGCGUGCAGGUGAGCAACUGGGCUUCAUGGAGGCACUGUGCCGCCGCCACCGCCGCACUGUGCUGCCUGCCCUUAUCAAGCCCCUGAACCCCUAGCAGCACCACCACCCUGGGGCACCUCUAGUCCUAUUGUGGCACCACAUUACAUUAUACCAAAGCACAAAACAUUACUGAAACAAGACAGUCGUUAAGGUAAUACAUGGUGAGACCUCCUGAGAUGCUUGUGCACAAUCUGCAAAUGUCAAGCUCAAGUAGUUUCAUAUUCCUAAAUAUUUUGUUUCAUCAGUUGUCGUUUCAGAGGCCACAGAGAUGAUUAGUUAUAUUCUCAUGGUGUUUUUUCUCAUUGCUUUAUUAGAAUCUUUGUUAAAUUAUCAUUGCAGUUAUAAAAACACUCUGAAAAACCUCAAUAACUGCUUGUUAAAAGUAAGAGAUGAGAUUAUAAAACAUCUCUCCUUAAUCUUAUGUGAGUCAUAAUGAAGAUUAUGAAACUUUCCUGAUCAGAGACAAAUAUUUCCUCCUCUGUAUUUGUGUAGGAAGUACCUGUUCCUUAUUCCAUUCCAUCCAAUCCGUCCACUUGUACCUUAUUCUGUUCUGUCCAUUCCGUCCAGUCAUGGACGUCUGUCCAUUCCGUCCAGGUGUACAAGGAAGAUACACAAAUAGGUUUACAUUCUGUAUACCAAGUGUAGACAAGGUGCCACACAUUCACGCACAUACACAUCAUUCCCACUCUUAGCCCCAUCGACUGCCUAGUGGUAGAGGGUAGUCCUCUGGCCCACCAUACUACACCCACAUCGUACACCCCAUUGUACUAUGUGAUAAAAAAGAAAUAGACCAAAUGUUGGGGAAUUCUGAGUGCCAGGAUUUGAAGAUUUCAGUAGAUCUGUUUUGCUGGUAAGGAGUGUGUUGUGGUAAAGUAGAUAUCAGAUCAUUCCAGUAAUUAUAAAGAAAAAUUGUUGUUCAAGGAUUCAUGGCCAGCAAUUCAUUACUUUGCCUGUGGUUUUAUUAGUCACUGUUAAUAUGGUCUAGUCAUCACAACUCUAGUCACGCCACAGAAAUAAAGUUGCUUUUAUA